AUGUAUCAAAUAACAAUCAUUGUCUUUUUAUUGAUUACUCAAUUAAUUGAAGCAUCAAAAAUAGUUGAUUCAAGAACAAUUACUGAAAAACAAGGUCAUGAUGUCGUACUUUCAUGUCGAUUUCAACAAUUAAAUGAACGUGAUCGUGUUAUGUGGUUAAAAGGUGAUACUGUUAUAUCUGUCAAUAAAGAUAUAUCUGGUGAACGAAAAAAAUAUGAAAUAACUGAUAAAUAUGAUUUAAUUAUAAAAACAGUAGUUGAUCAAGAUAGUGGACGAUAUUUAUGUCAAAAUUUUGAUCAAGCUUUAUCAAUCAAUGUUCUAUUGACUGUUUUAACUAAACCAACACAACCAGAUCUUCAACAAUUAAAUGCAAGUUUAAUUGAGAAUCAUCUAGGAAGAUUUCUUUGUAUAACACAAGGUGGAAAUCCAUUACCAACAUUUAAUUGGUUAAUUAAUGAAAUUAAAAUCAAUGAAUCAUUGUAUAAAAAUUAUUUAAAUACAUCGAAAUCAUAUAGUGAAUUAUAUUUACCAUUGGAAAAACAUUUACAUAAUAGUUCAUUAACUUGUCAAGUACAAAAUCAAGCUUUAGAUAAACCAUUGAUAACUUCCUUUGCAUUAAAUAUCUUACAUAAACCAGAAGUUCGUUUACGUGCUAAUGGUAAAAAUAUUUCAAAUCUUAAUUUAAUUUUUACUGAAAAUGAACAAUUUACAAUCGAUUGUGCAAUUGAUUCAAAUCCAUCGCCCACAAAACCAUUAGUUUGGUUAAAAAACGGUGUAUUAAUUUCAAGUAAUACUUCUUCUUCAUUGACAUUACAAUCUAUAAAACGUACUGAUGAUGGAGAAUAUACAUGUUCAUCAACAAACUCAAUUGGUCAAAGUCAUUCAUCAGUAUAUAUACGUGUUCAAUAUUCACCUAUUGUUGAAAUUAACGGUGGUGGAAUAAUAAAUGAAAGUGAAAAAUUAAUAUUAAUAUGCAAUGUUAAAUCUUAUCCAAUGAUUGAUUAUUAUCAAUGGUAUAAGAAUAAUGAAAAAUUAAAUACAAGUUCAUUAACAUCAUCGAUAAUUAUUGAAAAAGUAUCAAAAUAUGAUUCAGGAAAUUAUGUAUGUAUGGUAAAAAAUACGCUGAAAUAUUCAAAUGGAAGUUCAAUUGAAAAAUUUAAUAAAUCACAAACAGAAAUUAUUGUACAAUAUGCUCCAAAAGUUUAUACAAUAGAUUCAAUAAUAGCUGCUGAUAUUCGUGAAACAAAUAUAAAAUUUCAAUGUGAAAUUGAUUCAUAUCCAAAAUCGGAAAUACGUUGGAAAUUUCAAAAUAAAUUUUUAUUAAAUUCAACAAAAUAUUUCAUGAUACAAAAUCAAUCUUUAUCAUAUUUAAUUCUUCAACAAAUUCAAUCAAAUACAGAUUAUGGAAUUUAUUCAUGUAAUGCAAACAAUAAAUUAGGAUAUAAUUCUACAACUAUCCAACUGAGAUCAAAAGAUGUACCUGAUUCUCCUACGGAUUUAAAUAUAACAAGUAUUAGUUAUUCAACAAUUAGUUUAGAAUGGAAAGCUGGAUAUAAUGGUGGAUGGCCACAAUCAUUUUGGAUAUCACUUGAUAAUUCUCUAUGGAAAGAAACUAAUCAAACAUAUUUUACAUUAACGAAUCUUCAACAUUUGGAAUAUUACAAUAUAACUGUUCGUGCUUAUAAUAAACUAGGACAAAGUUCAACGAAUGCAUUUCUUCGUGUUCAAACAAAAGAUCUACCAAUAAAAAGAGAAGAUUUAUCAAUUCUUGAACAUUCAUCAAUAUAUUUAUUUGAAAAAACUCUACAUUACGGUUUAAAUGAUACAAGUUUUUCAACAAUUAAAAUUCCAUUAUGUAUUCGAAUUGAAAUCACAAAUCAAACAUAUAUAUGUCAACGUAUUGUAACAUCAAGUGGACUUAUAAAAUUAGAUGAAAUUGAUUUAAAUAAUAUACUUUAUGUAUCAAUAUGUCUUAAUCAAUAUGAACAUUUUUGUGGAGAUAGUAUUUCAGUUGAUAUAAAACGUGAAACAUCUUUCAAUUGGAUAUUUAUAUUAGUAUCAUCAAUCAUCGUUGUUUCUCUACUUAUUCUAUGUGGACUUUGUAUAUUUUGUUUCAUAUUUAAUCGUAAACAACGACGAAAUGCAACUCAUACCCUAGUUAGUAUAGUUAGUAAAAAAUCUUCUCAAAGUCCAAUUAUUAUUGAAUCAAUUCCAAAUAAUAACUCAACAAAAUUCUUUUCAAAUGUAACAUAUCCUGAACAACAACCAAAACCAUCAUCUUAUUUAAAACUUGAUCAACUUCAAGGAAAUCUAUGCAAUGAUUCAAAUGAUCCGAUAAUAACUUCAUUAUCAAAUAGUGAACACUUAACAGUAACAGAUUUUAAUCAAUCUGAUCAUCAUUUACAUACCUCUCAAAAUGAAAAUAUAAAUUAUGGUUUUCCAUUUUAUGCAAUAAAAACUAAAGAAGAUAAUAAUACUGAAAAUAUCUAUUCAACACCAUUAAAAUUUGAUCAAUUGAAUAAAAAAACUGUUUAUGAAGUUGUGGUUUAG